GCCGCGGAGCGAGCGAGAGUUUGUUGCCGAGAGCUCCUGAAUAGGCUGUGCGGUCUUCUGGGACAUCCACUGGCUGAGGGCUGCAUGGGAAUGACCCAGGGAGACCCUCAAGCCACGCAAUGGAGGCAGUGACCUUUGCGGAUGUGGCUGUGAACUUCACCAAGGAAGAGUGGGCUUUGCUGAACCCAUCCCAAAAGAAGCUCUACAGAGAUGUGAUGGGGGAAACGUUUAUGAACAUGGCCACUGUAGGAAAAACCUGGGAUAGCCAGCAAAUUGGAGAGGAGUACAAAAAUUGCUGGAGAAAUCUAAGAAAUGAAGAGGUAGAGAAAUGCUAUGAAUAUAAAGUUUUUAAUCAAUCUGAAAUGUUCCUCUUGGCUCCAUAUGUUAAUGUGAACAUGAAAAAAGCUGGUUUAAAACCAGCUGAAAUCAUUGCUUAUAGAAAGCCCCUGAUUGAUAAUAUAUCUCUAGAUGCACCUAUCAGAUUUCACAUUGGACUGAAGCCAAAGGAAUAUUCAGGAUUUAAAGAGAAGCACUAUAAAUGUAAUGAAGAUAGAAGAACCAGCAGUGGUUUCCAGCCCUUUAAGAAGCUUGCAAGGAUAGAGGCUGGAAAGAAACCCUGUGAAUACAAGCAACGUGGGAAAGCUGACUGUGAUCCCAGAGAAAGAACUCACCCUGGAGAGAAGACCUUUGUAUGUAAGCAAACUGUGAAAGCCCCCAGCACACUCAGUGAUGUUCAAAUCUGUCACACUGCAGGGAAUGCAUAUGUAUGCCAACAAACUGGGAAAUCUUUAAUUUCUUCCUGUUAUAUUGAAAUACAAGAAAGAAGGCAUGCUGGAGAGAAGCCCUAUAUAUCUAAGGAAUGUGGGAGUGCCAAAUUAGCUCCUAGUAAUUCCUUUCACAAACAUAGAAGUACUCACAUUGGGAAGAAACCCUACAAAUGUAAACAAUGUGGGAAAGCUUUCAGGAGUCAUAGUAACUGUCACAGACAUGAAAAAACUCACACUGGGGAGAAAUCCUAUGUAUGUAAGCACUGUGGGAAAGCUUUCAGCACACACUGGUACUGUCAAAUACAUGAGAGAAGUCACACUGGGAAUACACCCUAUAUAUGUAAGCACUGUGGGAAAGCAUUCACUACACACAGUAAUUGUCAAGUACAUGAGAGGAGCCAUACUGGGGAAAAACCGUAUGUUUGUAAGCAAUGUGGGAAAGCAUUCAGUAUGCAGAAGUAUUAUCAAAUACAUAAAAGAAGGCACACUGGUGAGAAACCUUAUGUGUGUGAGCAAUGUGGAAAGAAGUUUUUUUCUAACAUUUCACUUUAUAGACAUAAAAAAAUUCAUACUCGGGAGAAAUCUUAUGUAUGUAAUCAAUGUGGAGAAGCAUUCAGUACACACAGGCAUUGUCAAAUACAUGAAAAAACUCACAACGGGGAGAAACUUUAUGUAUGCAAGCAUUGUGGGAAAGCUUUCAGCAGUCAGUGUCACUGUCAACGACAUGAAAGGAUUCACACUGGGGAGAAACCCUAUGUAUGUAAGCAUUGUGGGAAGGCAUUUAAUAUACAAAACAACUGUCAGAUCCAUGAAAGAACUCACACUGGAGAGAAACCCUAUGUAUGUAAACAUUGUGGGAAAGCUUUUAACACACAGAGUCAAUGUAAAAUACAUGAACGAACUCACACUGGGGAGAAACCCUAUGUAUGUAAGCACUGUGGGAAAGCAUUCAGUACAUGCAGUUCUCAUAAAACUCAUGAAAGAACCCACACUGGGGAGAAACCCUAUGUAUGUAAGCAGUGUGGGAAAUCUUUCAGCAGACAGAGUUACUGUCAGAUACAUGAACGAACUCACACUGGGGAGAAACCCUAUGUAUGUAAGCACUGUGGGAAAGCAUUCAGAGCACAACGGUAUUGUCAGCUACAUGAACGAACUCACAGUGAGGACAAACCCUAUGUAUGUAAACAGUGUGGGAAAGCAUUCAGUACAUGUAGUUCUCAAAAGACACAUGAAAGAACUCACACAGGGGAGAAACCCUAUGUAUGUCAACAUUGUGGGAAAAAUUUCAGAACACACAGUGAUUGCCAGAUACAUGAGAGAACUCAUAGCAGAGGGAAACUCCAUGUAUGUAAGCUAUGUGGGAAAGCUUUCAGCACACUCAAGUAUUGUCAAACACAUGAAAGAAAUCACACCGAGGAGAAACCCUAUGAAUGUCAACAGUGUGGGAAAGCUUUCAGGACACAGAGUUAUUGUCAGAUACAUGAAACAACUCACACUGGGGAGAAGCCCUAUAUAUGUAAGCAAUGUGGGAAAGCAUUUAGUACACACAAGUGUUGUCAAAGGCAUGAAAGAAGUCACACUGUAGAGAAACCCUAUAUAUGUGAGCAGUGUGGCAAAGCAUUCAGUACACGUAGUCAGUAUGAAAUACAUAAAAGAAUUCACACUGGGGAAAAACCCUAUGCAUGCAAGCACUGUGGGAAAGCUUUCAGUACACACAAGUAUUGUCAAAGACAUGAAAGAACUCACACUGGAGAGAAACCCUUUGUAUGUAAUCACUGUGGGAAAGCUUUCAGUACACAGAGUCAUUGUAAAAUACAUGAAAGAAUUCACACUGGGGAGAAACCCUAUGUAUGUAAGCAGUGUGGGAAAGCAUUCAGUACGUGCAGUUCUUAUAAAAUACAUGAACGAACUCACACUGGGGAGAAACCCUAUGUAUGUAAGCACUGUGGGAAAGCAUUCAGUACGUGCAGUUCUCAUAAAACUCAUGAAAGAACCCACACUGGGGAAAAACCCUAUGUAUGUAAGCACUGUGGGAAAGCAUUCAGUAGACACAAUUAUUGUCAAAUACAUGAAAAGUCACACUGAGAAGAAACUAGGCAGUGUGGGAAAGCUUUCGGUAUGUGGAAAUACUGUCAAAAGUAUGAAAGAUACCUCAUGGGAGGAAAUUUAUGUAUAUAAGCCUAUUUUGAAAAAUACUCAUAAAAAUUUCUGAUGUAGUAGAGACCUAAAGAAAUGACUUAUAUGAAAAGCUUGAUGUUACCUUUUCUUAAUAAAUUUUCCAGAAAAUGCACACCCAGAUGGAAAUACCCUAAAGUAUAAACACUUUUUCGUUCAGUACAUCUUUUAAUUAUGUAUCUGUGGUAUUCAACAUGGGAAUAUAUGUUUAAUUGAUGUAUUUUUCUGUAAGCAAUUUUCUUUGAGUCAAAUACAUAGGGUUUUAAUUAAGCAAGAUGAAAUAUCUUUGUCACAUAAGUAGGGUUUGUAUUCAUGUAGUUUGCUUUUUUAUUUGUUUUUAUAAUUGAAAGUUC